AUGUCGAACCUGGACAUGUUUUUUGAUACGCAAACAAAUCCUUCUCUUUUCUCAUCUCCCGAUUGUCGGGUACAAUCGCUUGAUGGGCUGAUGAAGCAAGAAUCGCCUCCUCUCGAUGGGAAGAACGCAUCAAAUUCUUCGAAGAGGCCUGCUGGGGAUAACAGAGCACCUCAGAAGAAGAGUCGCGCUACUAGAACACCGGAAGAGAUCGCUGAAGGUGAUGCGAACUGUGGUCAGGAUGAAGAAAGCAACGACAUCAACAAAUGUGUCGAGUCAUUUGCGUGCCCCUUUUACAGAAGGCAUCCAGAACGUUAUUUCGACUGCAUCAGCCUCAAAAUGCCACGCAUAUCAGAUGUCAAGCAGCACCUAAAGAGGCGCCAUAUGGCGAAUUACUUUUGUCCGAGGUGUUUCAAGGGAUUUUCAGCGCUAAAGCCCUUCCAAGAACAUGUUAUGCAACAAGACUGCUCAUUGGACCUUUCAGAAAACACUGACGGCGUCUCACCCACUACUCAAGAUGCCCUCAAGGUCCGUUUCGAGAGGAGUCUGCCACCGAGAGGUCAAUGGCACAAGAUAUGGAAGAUCUUGUUUGGAGAUAUCGAUGAUGACCAGAAUCCGUAUCAUGAAGGAGUCUUCAAAGAGAUUACAGGAAUAAUAAGGGGUAUCUGGACAGAAGAGGGACAGAAUAUCAUUUCCGAUGUGCAGAAAACUAAGGAUAUACCAGAGGAUUGCGCUGAUCAGCUACGCCCGGUGGUAUUGGAACUCCUGGCUCGAGUAGAGACUCGAUUCGAACAAAAGGCUUUGGAAGGGAACUCAAAGGAGCGCUACAACAAUGUUGAAAGCAUCUUGGAAAAGCCUGCAGUUGAUACAAAACUAGGGCCUACUCACGAUCCAUCUCCAGAUAUUCAGGCCAAUAUUGCUCCUCAGGAUACUGCAUUGCCAUCUUAUAAUUCAGGAAUGGCAUGUGCCUUUUCUGAAAGCUUCGAGUCAGCCAAGAGAAUGUGCGGUCUUUCUAUGCCCUCUGGGUUACAGGAGCAACAGACUGCAAUACCAUAUCCCGAUUUCACUGAAAGAGAAUUGACGUUCUCAAGCGAGGGAGACGAUUGGCUAAAUAUCGAGCCACCGAAUGAUAUUUUGAAGGAUCCUUUUGAGCUAGUCUAUCUCGAAGGUAUGGGAGAUUGGAUGAACGUCGUAGCCCCUACGCAAGACGAUGAGAUACUGUGA